AUGUGGCCGGCCCCGCUCGCAUCCCCGGAGACCGGGCAGAUCCGGACAGCCAGCGGCGGGGUGGGCGGGGCCGAGCGUAGCCACGCCCGUCCCUCGCCGGACCCGCCCCCGGAGCGCCGCGAGCCUUUCCUGGGAAGCCGGGCGGAGAUUGUGGGUGCAGCUCACUUAGGCGUGCAUGGGACCAAAUCACCAGCCAGCCGCCAGGAGGCUUCACUUCCAACUGUGCUGCAUGUGCACAGCGCUGGCGGGCGAACGAGCCCCGGCUGGGCACUAGUCCAGACACAGAAGUAUGUGGCUCUGACCUUGCCCUUGGACUUGAAACUCAGAGGCAAGCAGGCCAAGCCAGCAGGAACCUGGCCUUGCCUACCAGGGCAGCCCUCAGGACCACUGUUCGAAACNGGGGACGGGGUCACCCACACUGUGCCCAUCUACGAGGGGUACGCCCUGCCCCACGCCAUCCUGCGUCUGGACCUGGCUGGCCGGGACCUGACGGACUACCUCAUGAAGAUCCUCACGGAGCGUGGCUACAGCUUCACCACCACCGCCGAGCGGGAAAUCGUGCGUGACAUCAAGGAGAAGCUGUGCUACGUCGCCCUGGAUUUCGAGCAGGAGAUGGCCACGGCUGCGUCGUCGUCCUCCCUGGAGAAGAGUUACGAGCUGCCCGACGGGCAGGUGAUCACCAUCGGCAACGAGCGGUUCCGCUGCCCGGAGGCUCUCUUCCAGCCUUCCUUCCUGGGUAUGGAGUCCUGUGGCAUCCACGAGACCACCUUCAACUCCAUCAUGAAGUGUGACGUGGACAUCCGGAAGGACCUCUACGCCAACACGGUGCUGUCUGGCGGGACCACCAUGUACCCUGGCAUCGCCGACAGGAUGCAGAAGGAGAUCACAGCUCUGGCGCCCAGCACGAUGAAGAUCAAGAUCAUUGCUCCUCCUGAACGCAAGUACUCCGUGUGGAUCGGGGGCUCCAUCCUGGCCUCACUGUCCACCUUCCAGCAGAUGUGGAUCAGCAAGCAGGAGUAUGACGAGUCAGGCCCCUCCAUCGUCCACCGCAAAUGCUUCUAAAUGGACUGCGAGCAGAUGCGUAGCAUUUGCUGCAUGAGUGAAUUCCGGAGUAUAAGUUUGCCCUGGCAAAUGUAUACACCUCAUGCUAGCCUCAUGAAACUGGAAUAAGCCUUUGAAAAGAAAUUUGUCCUUGAAGCUUGUAUCUGAUAUCAGCACUGGAUUGUAGAACUUGUUGCUGAUCUUGACCUUGUAUCCAAGUUAACUGUUCCCUUGGUAUAUGUUUAAUACCCUGUACAUAUCUUUGAUUUAAACCCUUAGCACAUGUGGCUCGGUCAGUUCGUGGCUGAGGUUGAGAACAUGUUGAUGGAAGAGAAAUCCAUUGAUUGGAGAAUCUGCAAGACCAUGAGGUUCUUGAUCUGUGCAGGGUAUUAAUGUCUAAGAGCUGCCUAUUCCAGGAUUUCUCUAGAGGCUGGCAAGAGUCCUGAAUGAGUUGUCAUUUCUGUCUUGCCGGUCUUAACAGGGUUGGGAAGGUCCGAGCCUUAGGACCCACUUUUCCUUUCUUACCCGAUGUUUUCCUGCCAGAACACCGUGGGUUGUUAAUUGCCUUGAGUUGGAAAACGGUUUGCAUUUACAACUGUAAAUUUAUUCAUCCUUUUAAUUUAUGUAAGGUUUUUGUACACAAUUCUCAAUUCUUUAAGAGAUGACAACAAAUUUUGGUUUUCUACUGUCAUGUGAGAACAUUAGGCCCCAGCAACGCGUCAUUGUGUGAGGAAAUAAAAAGUGCUGCAGUAAAGUG